AUGCUUUGGUUAGUGCCGCUUUUUGUGUCACCGCAAGUCGUAAUUUCUCAAAUCAAUGCAGGACAUGGUACUCAUGUAGCUGGAAUAAUCGGUGCCGACCCGCUCAAAAGUCAAUUCAAUAUUAGCGGGGUCGCCUACUCAGCUUCUCUCUCGGCGUAUCGCAUCUUUGGGUGUGAGGGUGGCACUUCUGAUGCGGAGAUUAUCGACGCUCUCUUGCUAGCCGUGAAAGACGGACAAGACAUCAUCACAUUGUCGCUUGGCGGACCUGACGGCUGGACCGAGUCGAGUUCUUCGGUCGUUGCGAGCAGGAUCGCAGAUUCAGGAAAGGUCGUCACAAUAGCAGCUGGAAAUGACGGGGCCUCGGGCUCUUGGUAUUCUUCCAGUCCUGGAAAUGGAAUCAGUGUCAUUUCCGUGGCCAGUCUGGAUAACACGGUUAUUUCCUUACAAACUGCAACAGUUCACGGCGCAACCCACGAUCCGAUACCAUACUUCGAGCUAUUCCCAUUCCCAGUAACGAAUCCGCUCCCUGUUUUCGCUACUUCGAACGAUACCACUGUGGUGGACGAUGCAUGCAAUCCGCUUCCAGACUCCACUCCUGACCUGACCUCAUUCCUGGUGGUUGUGCGCAGAGGCACAUGUUCCUUUGUGCAGAAAUUGACGAAUAUUGCGGCCAAGGGGGGAAAAUUAACAUUCGUUUACGACAAUGGGAACGGUUUUGCCUCAAUUGAAGUCGGGGGUUUCAACGCCACGUUGAUUCAAGCUGCAGACGGAGAGUUCCUUGUCAAUCAAUUCGCUGCCGGCACACCGAUAACGAUAACUUUCCCUCAAACCGGAGGAUCAAUACAGUUACGAGAUCCGGCAGGAGGACUUAUUUCCUCAUUCACGAGUUAUGGCCCCUCAAACGACUUCUUCUUCAAGCCGGCGGUUGCUGCACCUGGAGGGAACAUUCUUUCGACGCUGCCGAUACCAUUGGGGUCGUAUGGUGUCGAAUCCGGAACAAGUAUGGCGACUCCCUUCGUUGCAGGAAGUGCCGCCUUGUUGCUCCAAGUGAAAGGUAGAUCAAACGACGUUGCCCGCAGCAUACGAACCCUUCUGGAAACGACUGCUGCUGCUGUCCCUUCGGACCACACAGAGGACGCUUUACUGCAAACGGUCUCACAGCAAGGAGCGGGGCUCAUCAAUGUGUUCAACGCAGCGCAUGCUACGACGUUCGUAUCGCCCGGUGAACUCAUUCUUAACGAUACGGCCCAUUUCCGUGGAGUGCAAAUAUUCACUGUUCGCAACGCAGACUCUUCACCAAAGACUUACAGGCUUAGCCACAUCCCAGCUGGGACAGCUGUCACCGUGACCCCAGGAACGAUCUUCCCCGCUGAUGGACCUGUUCCUCUAUCGAACUACUUUGCCAAGGUCGCCCUCAGUGAUACGACGUUUACGUUACCUCCUGGCCAAAGCAAGACUAUCACAGCUACCUUUACACCACCAUCGAACGUGGAUUCUACCACCUUCCCUGUUUUCUCUGGGUAUAUCCAAGUUUCGGUCAGAGGAGAGCCUCCGCUCCAUGUGUCAUAUAUCGGGCUUGCGGCCUCUCUUAAAGACAAACAAGUCGUCGAUAACACUGACGUGUUCUUUGGGGUAAAACUGCCUGUUAUUCUCAAUGCUAAGGGUGAUGUUCAGGAAGUACCGACGAACUAUACGUUCGAUGCGGCAUCUGGGGACUUUCCGUCAAUUUUUGUACGACUUGCCUUUGGAACACCUGUUUUACGAACUGAUUUGGUCGACCCCAACGUCAAUGUCAACACAACCCUCAACAAACGAACUUUGUUGGGAGAACCUGUCUUGACGUUCCCCAACGAAUACCCCGGAGGAACCUUCGAUAAAGUGCCCACUCUAGGCUCCCUGUUCGAACUUGACUUUAUUUCUCGUAAUAACGAGAAACCCGAUGACAAUAUUGUCUACCGACUUCCUGUCAAUACACCAACAUUCGCCAACGGGACGACUAUUCCUAAUGGUAACUAUCGGUUCCUUCUCCGAGCUUUGAGAGUCACUGGCGACCCUGAGAAUGAGUCGGAUUAUGAGAGUUGGUUAAGUCCGGUUUUGGGCGUGUUCGUUCCUUGA